AUGGGCGGUGGCCCACAAGAGUUAGUAGGCACUCGAUGCAAUGGCCGAUUGCAUGCUGACUAUAAUCCCUCAAUAAUUAAUCUAUAUUAUUUUCCAUCAUCAUCAUCAUCAUCAUCAUCAUCAUCAUCAUCAUCAUCAUCAUCAUCAUCAUCAUCAUCAUCAUCAUCAUCAUCAUCAUCAUCAUCAUCAUCAUCAUCAUCAUCAUCAUCAUCAUCAUCAUCAUCAUCAUCAUCAUCAUCAUCAUCAUCAUCAUCAUCAUCAUCAUCAUCAUCAUCAUCAUCAUCAUCAUCAUCAUCAUCAUCAUCAUCAUCAUCAUCAUCAUCAUCAUCAUCAUCAUCAUCAUCAUCAUCAUCAUCAUCAUCAUCAUCAUCAUCAUCAUCAUCAUCAUCAUCAUCAUCAUCAUCAUCAUCAUCAUCAUCAUCAUCAUCAUCAUCAUCAUCAUCAUCAUCAUCAUCAUCAUCAUCAUCAUCAUCAUCAUCAUCAUCAUCAUCAUCAUCAUCAUCAUCAUCAUCAUCAUCAUCAUCAUCAUCAUCAUCAUCAUCAUCAUCAUCAUCAUCAUCAUCAUCAUCAUCAUCAUCAUCAUCAUCAUCAUCAUCAUCAUCAUCAUCAUCAUCAUCAUCAUCAUCAUCAUCAUCAUCAUCAUCAUCAUCAUCAUCAUCAUCAUCAUCAUCAUCAUCAUCAUCAUCAUCAUCAUCAUCAUCAUCAUCAUCAUCAUCAUCAUCAUCAUCAUCAUCAUCAUCAUCAUCAUCAUCAUCAUCAUCAUCAUCAUCAUCAUCAUCAUCAUCAUCAUCAUCAUCAUCAUCAUCAUCAUCAUCAUCAUCAUCAUCAUCAUCAUCAUCAUCAUCAUCAUCAUCAUCAUCAUCAUCAUCAUCAUCAUCAUCAUCAUCAUCAUCAUCAUCAUCAUCAUCAUCAUCAUCAUCAUCAUCAUCAUCAUCAUCAUCAUCAUCAUCAUCAUCAUCAUCAUCAUCAUCAUCAUCAUCAUCAUCAUCAUCAUCAUCAUCAUCAUCAUCAUCAUCAUCAUCAUCAUCAUCAUCAUCAUCAUCAUCAUCAUCAUCAUCAUCAUCAUCAUCAUCAUCAUCAUCAUCAUCAUCAUCAUCAUCAUCAUCAUCAUCAUCAUCAUCAUCAUCAUCAUCAUCAUCAUCAUCAUCAUCAUCAUCAUCAUCAUCAUCAUCAUCAUCAUCAUCAUCAUCAUCAUCAUCAUCAUCAUCAUCAUCAUCAUCAUCAUCAUCAUCAUCAUCAUCAUCAUCAUCAUCAUCAUCAUCAUCAUCAUCAUCAUCAUCAUCAUCAUCAUCAUCAUCAUCAUCAUCAUCAUCAUCAUCAUCAUCAUCAUCAUCAUCAUCAUCAUCAUCAUCAUCAUCAUCAUCAUCAUCAUCAUCAUCAUCAUCAUCAUCAUCAUCAUCAUCAUCAUCAUCAUCAUCAUCAUCAUCAUCAUCAUCAUCAUCAUCAUCAUCAUCAUCAUCAUCAUCAUCAUCAUCAUCAUCAUCAUCAUCAUCAUCAUCAUCAUCAUCAUCAUCAUCAUCAUCAUCAUCAUCAUCAUCAUCAUCAUCAUCAUCAUCAUCAUCAUCAUCAUCAUCAUCAUCAUCAUCAUCAUCAUCAUCAUCAUCAUCAUCAUCAUCAUCAUCAUCAUCAUCAUCAUCAUCAUCAUCAUCAUCAUCAUCAUCAUCAUCAUCAUCAUCAUCAUCAUCAUCAUCAUCAUCAUCAUCAUCAUCAUCAUCAUCAUCAUCAUCAUCAUCAUCAUCAUCAUCAUCAUCAUCAUCAUCAUCAUCAUCAUCAUCAUCAUCAUCAUCAUCAUCAUCAUCAUCAUCAUCAUCAUCAUCAUCAUCAUCAUCAUCAUCAUCAUCAUCAUCAUCAUCAUCAUCAUCAUCAUCAUCAUCAUCAUCAUCAUCAUCAUCAUCAUCAUCAUCAUCAUCAUCAUCAUCAUCAUCAUCAUCAUCAUCAUCAUCAUCAUCAUCAUCAUCAUCAUCAUCAUCAUCAUCAUCAUCAUCAUCAUCAUCAUCAUCAUCAUCAUCAUCAUCAUCAUCAUCAUCAUCAUCAUCAUCAUCAUCAUCAUCAUCAUCAUCAUCAUCAUCAUCAUCAUCAUCAUCAUCAUCAUCAUCAUCAUCAUCAUCAUCAUCAUCAUCAUCAUCAUCAUCAUCAUCAUCAUCAUCAUCAUCAUCAUCAUCAUCAUCAUCAUCAUCAUCAUCAUCAUCAUCAUCAUCAUCAUCAUCAUCAUCAUCAUCAUCAUCAUCAUCAUCAUCAUCAUCAUCAUCAUCAUCAUCAUCAUCAUCAUCAUCAUCAUCAUCAUCAUCAUCAUCAUCAUCAUCAUCAUCAUCAUCAUCAUCAUCAUCAUCAUCAUCAUCAUCAUCAUCAUCAUCAUCAUCAUCAUCAUCAUCAUCAUCAUCAUCAUCAUCAUCAUCAUCAUCAUCAUCAUCAUCAUCAUCAUCAUCAUCAUCAUCAUCAUCAUCAUCAUCAUCAUCAUCAUCAUCAUCAUCAUCAUCAUCAUCAUCAUCAUCAUCAUCAUCAUCAUCAUCAUCAUCAUCAUCAUCAUCAUCAUCAUCAUCAUCAUCAUCAUCAUCAUCAUCAUCAUCAUCAUCAUCAUCAUCAUCAUCAUCAUCAUCAUCAUCAUCAUCAUCAUCAUCAUCAUCAUCAUCAUCAUCAUCAUCAUCAUCAUCAUCAUCAUCAUCAUCAUCAUCAUCAUCAUCAUCAUCAUCAUCAUCAUCAUCAUCAUCAUCAUCAUCAUCAUCAUCAUCAUCAUCAUCAGUCUUCCUACAUACCGAUAAUACCAUCACAUGGAGAGAGAUACUAGGAGAACGAGGUACCGCGGGGCUAUAG